GCGUUUGGACCAUGGGUCGGGGCGGGAGUUCCGGCGUCGCCAUGGUGGCAGUCGCUUUGACUGCUCUCGGGUCAGCCGUGGUCUGACAGCUCCAGGAGCGGGGAGUCGGGCUCGUGGUGACCACAUCGAGAAGGCCCUAGGGGCGGGGUAGUCCCCACGGCACAGCGGCUGGUCUGAAGGUCGGCGGCGGCCGUGGAUGACCGCCGUGCACGGGUCCCGGUUCUGUCGCCCGCCACUUAGGAUCCCUGCUCCGCCCCCAGAGUCCGAUGGCGGCGGCCGCGCGGAGGGAGCCGGCUCAGAUUCCCAUGACUACAGACGCACUUGUGGACUGUACGCAGGGCUGUGUGACCUUUGAGGACGUGGCCAUUGACUUCUCCCAGGAGGAGUGGGGGCUCCUAGAUGAGGCUCAGAGACGCCUGUACCAUGACACAAUGCUGGAGAACUUUGCACUUAUAGCCUCUCUGGUUUGUUGGCAUGGAACAGAGAAUGAAGAGAUACCUUUUGAGCAGAGUGUUUCUAUAGAAGCUUUCUCACAGGUCAGGACUCCAAAACCAGGUCCAGCCACCCAGAAGACUCACCCCUGUGAGAAGUGUGUCCCAAUCUUGAAAGACAUUUUGCACUUGGCUGAUCUACUUGGGCAGAAACCAUACUUGGUUGGGGCAUGUGCAGACCUACACCAGCUUCAGAAGCGUUCCAGUGCAGAGAAAAGGGAUGUGGAUAGAGCAUCAUUUGUAAAGAGCUGUAUAUUCCAUGUGUCAGGGAAUCCCUUCGCCUGUAGGAAGAUUAGAAAGGAGUUCCUGGUCAUGCUGGGGCUGCUUCAGCACCAGGACAUUCCCAACAGUGAGAAGUCAAACAAAAUCACCAAGCAUGAGGAGGCCUUUCAUGGUGGAAAAAAUCAUUACAAGUUGCGUGAAUGUGGGAAAGCUUCCAGCCACAAACACAGUCUUGUUUAUCACCCAAGAGUCUCCACUAGAAAAAGAGUUUAUGAGUCUAGCAAAUAUGGGAAAGCCUUCUGCUGUAAGUACUCACUUGUUCAGCUCCAGAGACUCCACACUGGGGAAAGACCUUAUGAGUGCAGUGAAUGUGGGAAAUCUUUUAGGCAAAGAGCCACCCUCAUUAUACACCAGAGAGUUCACACUGGAGAAAGGCCUUAUAAGUGUGGUGAAUGUGGGAAAUCCUUUAGUCAAUGCUCCAACCUUAUUGAACACUGCAGAAUUCACAGUGGAGAAAGGCCUUAUAAGUGUAAAGAAUGUAAGAAAGCCUUUGGGUGUAAAUCCAAUCUUGUUCGGCACCAGAGAACUCACACUGGAGAAAAGCCUUAUGAGUGCAGCGAAUGUGGGAAAUUCUUUAGACAAAGCUUCACCCUUGUUCAACACCGGAGAAUUCACACCACAGCAAGGCCUUAUGUGUGUGUCCAGUGUGGGAAAUCCUUUAGUCAAAGAGCCACUCUCAUUAGACACCAGAGAGUUCAUACUAGUGAAAGGCUUUAUGAGUGCAGGGAAUGUGGGAAAGCCUUUGGAUCUAAAUCCAAACUCGAUCGGCACAACAGAAGUCACACAGGAGAAAGGCCUUAUGAGUGCACUGAAUGUGGGAAAUCUUUCAGACAAAGCUACAGCCUUGUUGAACACCAGCGAAUUCACAGUAGAACAAGGCCUUUUGAGUGUGGCCAGUGUGGGAAGUCCUUUAGCAGAAGAGCCAUCUUCACUAAACACCAGAGAAUUCACACUGGGGAAAGGCCUUAUAAGUGUGGUGAAUGUGGGAAAUCCUUUAGUCGAAGCACCAGCCUUAUUCAGCACUGCAGUAUUCACACUGGAGCAAGGCCUUAUGAGUGUGGCCAAUGUGGGAAAUCCUUUAGGCAAAAGUCUGUUCUCAUUCAACACCAGGUAGUUCACACUGGAGAAAGGCCUUAUGAAUGCAGCAGAUGUGGCAAAUCCUUUAGCCAACGCUCCAGCCUCAAUCUCCACCGAAAAUUUCACACCAUGGAGAAGCCCUAUGAACGCAGGAAAUAUGGGAAAUCCUUCACUCCAACAUCUAACAGUUAGCACCAGAAAGUCCACACUUUAGAAAGGCCUUAGACCUGAAGGAAAUGUGCUGUCUCUUUGUUCACUGUAAUGGCACUAGACAGCUUUUGUGAGGGAGCCACCUGCCUGAAGUUGAACCUCAUACUUCCAAACAUGCAGAGGGGUGAAAUUCCCCAUGAGUUCCAGACAUGUAUGAGGCUUACAGGAGCUGCAUUGCACACUGUAAACUCCCCAGGGCCCUUGCCAGAGUUACAUCACUGCCAGUAUCUCUGCUAGAAGCCAUCUCACCUCUUCCACCUUGCACAGUGUUUCCUUGGUCACCCCAAUGUGCUAAGGAAAAGCAGACUUCUGAGCUCUCUCUCCCAGUCCCUGGAGGAAAUCUUGAGCAGUGUGUGCCCUUACAGUGAUUUCCCUUUUCUGAUUGGUUCAGAAUGAAUCUGACCUAGUUUGGGCCAAGAGUGGACUCUGCUGGAGGCUUGCAGGGAAGGCUUUUCUUCUUCAUGGGUAUUGUUGGUCACACAUGACACUUGAUUUUUCCAGCCUCCAAGUCAUCAUUGGGUAACUCUGCCUCACAUUGCUCUGGUUUAUGCUGUAAUAAAAUUCUUAAUGUUUAAUCUACCUUUAAUCUUGGGGGUUACAGUCAUUGUUUUGGGUGGGUGGAAAACAGAAUUGGGCUCCAUUUGUGUGAAGGGGUGGAUGGCUUUUGUGGGCCCUCAACUUAAUGUGUGCCUCAGCAGGGACAGUAUGACAGAGAGUAGUUCUCAUUCCAGUUUUGGCCUAAUUUGCAUUGCUUCCCAAGACCUAGGGACCAGUGCACUGCUUUGUGGUCCUAAUUUGUGGCCUGGAUGCCUCCAUAUAUUGUGAGACCAUAGGUCACCCUGAGGAGGGGUCACUUAUUUUGGCAAGCUCCAGUGCCUUUGGGAAUGGCAUGAAUUUCUUCUCUUGUUCCUGGAGAGUGUUACAUAAUGCCCAGCACUGUUGAGGGGAAGCUUUUCACCAAGUUCUACAAAGGAGCCAAGCGUCCUGAUGUCCAUAAUUCUGUAGGCUGGUGUCACUUGUCAGACUACAGGAGCCAGGUGUGAACCAUGAUUGGUACUGAAAUCCUGGGUGUGAUUAAUAGGCAGUGGAAGAGCCUGCAGCAAACCAGAUGGAAUGUGCCCCUUCUAAAAGUGCAUCCAGUGACUAUGGCUGUGAGGAGUCACAGGACCUCCAGAGCUGUGUAUCUCCUGCAGCUGAAGUCAUUGUUAGAGCAAGUAAUCUAAAGGUUUUGUGAAUUCUGGUUGUCUUUCCAGGCUGUUCACCUCAAGUCCAUUGCUGUAAAGGGAGGGACAUGAGGACAGAGAAUGGAGGUCCUGUUGUCCAGGGAUGUGGCUUUUGUGAUCUAGCCAGUGGUCCUCUUGUCUCUUGUCCCAGAUUGAAACAGCCUCCAUUGCUCGCCAGUAUUUCCUGCCCUAAUUCAGGGCUGCCCUUCUCCAGGAAUAAGGAGAACUAGAGUGGAGUAGGUGUAACAGUACAGUGGAGUGGGUUAUUAAACCUUCUGGUUUCCAAAAAGAGUGGGAGAUCCAGAUUUUUUAUUUUGAACUAGUUUUUAGAAACUUUAUUGAGGCAUAAUUAACAUGCAGUAACCUACACGUAUUUAAGGUAUACAAUUUGAAAAAUUUUGUCAUACAUAUAAAACCAUCAUAAUCAUAGUAAUGAGCAUAUCCAUGAUUUUCCUCAUACCCUUUAUAAUCUCCUUGUCCUUCCUAGGCCUACAGGAGUCUAGUGAUUUCCUUUUUUUAAUAACAAAUUAGUUUGCAUUGUCUAGAUUUUACAUGAAUCAAAUCAUGAAGUGUUUACUUUUUUCUGAUAUUUUUCACACUGCAUAAUUAUUUUGAGAUUCAUCAAUGUUGCUUAUAUGAAGAGAUGACUCUUUUUAUUGUUGAGCAGUGUUCUUCUCUUUGCAUAUGCCACUUGUUUAUCCCUUCAUCUGUUAAUGGGCAGCUGCAUUGUUUCCAGUUUGUUGCUGUUAGAAAUACAGCUGCAGUGAACAUGGGCAUCCAGUUCUUUCUAUAGAUAUGUGUUUUAUUUCUCUUGUGCCAAUUCUUCAGAGUAUAUGAAUGUUUCAAUAUUUAAGAAACUGCCAAACUGUGAUCUAAAUUGGUUGUACCCAUCCGUGUUCCCACCAACAGUAUAUGAGAGCUCCUGUUCCUCCACAUUCUGCCAGUACUUGCUGUUAUUAAUUUUAGCUGUUUUAAUAGGGGUGUAAUGGCAUCUCACUGUGGUUUUAAUUGCAGUUCUCUGAUGUUUCAUGACCUUGGGCAUUUUUUGUGUGUUUGCCACUUGUAUAUUUUCUUUAAUGACUGUUAAUGCCAUUUGCUUAUUUUUCAAUGGAUGUUGGCUGAUAUUUCCCUUUUUAUUAAUAAAUAAAAAGACAUGUA